AUGCGACUUAAGCCCACUGAAAGAAUCACUGCUAUCUGGGUGAUAUAUUACAAAGAAAUUUUUGAUUACCCUUAUUUGGGAGUACAAUCGAGCGAAGGCCGUUUUUACACAUUAGCCCCGGAAAUGCUUGAGAUCAAACUUGUAGCAGAUGCGAGUGAAGGAGCCCUGCUUGGAUUAUACUUCGACGACUCACCAUGCAAACCAAUUCGUAUGCACAGCUUUGGGAUUUUUUCCGCCGAUACCAAGCCCAAAGAAAAGCAGUCACAGCCUGAGACUUCUGACUUGAAGUUUCGAGUCACUCCGGAUUCGCACUAUUCCUCUAUUUUUUAUAAACUCAUGGGAUGCAUGUGGAGUCAGUUCAGUUCUCAGGCUAUAUUUGAGAAUGUUUCUUAUCUAGAGACAUGCUCUGUUGGCGUUCGAUGCAUGGGCAUGAUUCUGACAUACUUCGAUGGCCACCAAAAGGUGCUGGGUCAGUGGUAUGAGCAUCACCCUUCAAUUAGUGCUGUCAUCCAUAACCUAGAGCCCAUACCUGGCCAAGGAUUGCGCUUUUUCAUAUCCUAUGCGGAAGAAUACGGACUCAGUUAUCUUGAACGCGUUGAACUACGGCCACUGAAACGCGGCAAUGUUGUCAAUGAUGCAACCGAUCAAACGAUGGUCGAGGUGAACUAUGCGGUUUGUCCCCAAGCAUCCGAUUAUGCGUUAUUAAGCUGA